AUGGUUAUGAUCGACUAUGCUGAACAUUUCUGGGUAAGUUGACCGUUUUUGUUUGUAUUUAACAUUCUAGGGUGAUCGACAUAUUGGAUUUCACGUAUUGUACGAAAACAUAAAGAAAGGAGAAGAUAAUGUGCAAGAUUUGAGCAUUUUUGUUAAGGAAAGGAUAUCGCUGGAAGAGGAAACAUUGAAGUUUCUCCAGAAGAAUAUCAACAGAGUACGUUAUUUAUAUUGUUUACGUAUAGAAAAAGGAUUAAAACGGUGCAUGGUGGUUGUGUUUGGUGGAGUUUUAAGCGUUAUAGCAGCUUUUUGAAUCAACCAAGAAUUUUAGGUAAUAAUAUAUUGCUUUAGGUAAAUGGCUUUAUUGCUGGGAACGGUGCUUUUGUGGAGUCUUGGAAGUUGACAAAAGGAACAUUGGAGCUGUGUUCUGAAAUCCAGUCAAUGUUGGUGAAGAACUUGGGAGAGUUGUCUAAAGAAAUUGUAAAAUAUCAUGACGAACUCGUGAGAUCAAGGAAGAAACUCAAGGAACAGGACGUAAUUGAUGCUGUGAAUCUAAUGCAGACUACGACAACGUGUUUGCAAAAGGUAUCUUUAAUUCUUUGUGCUCUGUUUUCACGUAUUUUUGUAAUGUAUUUUUGGUCAAGCUUGAAACUUUAUGUUGUCAUUCGUUAUUGGAUGUUUAGGCGAAGGAAACCUAUUCUCAACGAUGUGGCGAAGUUUUGAACUUGAAAAAUGAAAACGCAGGUGCUAAAGAACUGUACAAAGCCAAGAGCAAGUUAACAAAGGCUUUUGACGAGUACAAGGGUUACGUGGACAAGUACCAGUCGGUCAGAGACAACUUCGAGGAGAAGAUGCUGAAGUCGACCAGAGCAUUUCAGUCUUUUGAUCAAGCAUAUUUGAAUCAGAUUAAGGCAUUUCUGAUCACGUUCGCCCGUCGUAUCGAUGAUUCUCAAAGCGCAAUCAGCCAAGUGACAACCGACUACAGACAGUCGAUCGAGAGGAUUGACAUAGAGAACAUCAUGCUGAGAUUUGUUGAGGAAAAGGGGACAGGAACGGAGCGACCUCGUAAGUGAAGUCACUUUUCUGUUUGUUGACUUGUAUUCUUCUUAAGAGUUGACAGAAGUAAUAUAAAAGAAUAUUGAUGUAUAAACUUAUGUGUCUAUUCAGAAGUCGUCAGGUGGAACGAGAACGACGAACUUCCAGCGGAAAUUGAUUUAGCCACACACCCAUUGGGCUCAGUGUCAGCUCCAUCGUCCUCCAACUCUUCAGCGAUUGUGUUCUCACCUCCAGAACACCCACCUCAACCUUCUGUGAACGACCUCCUUUCUCUAAACUCACAAUGGCAAUCUUCGGCUGUCUCGGUAAGAUAAUGUCCUCAGGGAAUACUCGAAACGUUUCAGAAGUCGGACACGGAUUCUGAAAAAGAGGACGGUCAGAGUUCGGGAGGCACGGCUUCUGUUGCACCACAAUUCUCGACAUGGUUGGGGCGCCAGAAAAUCACACAAUGGUAAGGCGAUCUAUCAUUAUCAUCUGGAAAUGAAUGAAAAAAGACGAGAAAGUCGUUUCAGGCGGAAGAAGCACGCAUCACACUCAAAUCUCACAACUAUCGCUAGUCAGGAAGCUGUUCCAUCCGACUACUCGUCUAGUUUCAACGAUAAAGGUACGUUUUGUAUGCUAAAAUACGGAAUAUUUAUUAAAUUCUAUAUCAAAUUCUGGUUUUGUUACAGAAAGUUUUAUUUACUUUAUGCCUGUUGCAGGGUCUUUCUUAAAAAAGUACAUCAAGUCAAAAGCCACAUCAGGAUCGGAUGUGCUACAAUCAGAGGAAAAUAUGGACAACAAAAACGACCAUAGUGGGAACGGCACGCCUGUGCCAAUGUUGGAUGCAGAAGGAUACACGCUUAAACCUGAAGAAGUGAAGACUGAUAGUCACGAUAAAUGGUCAAGUUGUUCCUCUGAUGAAGAUGAACUAGAGUUCCAGACUUCCAAGAUCAAAGGAUUACAGAUCAAGCCUUUAAAUGAAUCUAAAGCUACCAACAACAGUUCUGUAGACGAAAUAAGGAGCGCUGUCGGACAUAUUCACCUUCAAAGGUCUUCUACGUUGGACAAGGUAUAUUGAACUUAUAAAUGCUAACUAAAUUUGACUUUUUUUCAGUUUUGUUACUCUUUUAUCUUAAUUUUUGUUAUUUAGGACCCAUGGUGCCCUUCAGGAGCUCAGUCGCCGUUUUCUCAAAGUUUAAACACAACAUUGAAACCGAUAAGAACGGCCUUUACCGGAGACGACCAGAUGAAUAGAAAGUUUUCAGGUAAUUUGCAUCUUCAAAUUACAAAUCUUUGCAGAAUUCAAUUUUCCGACUGCACUUGGCCCUAUGGAUUUUUCACAGUCAACUACAGCAUCUUUUGGAAGUUCAAUUGCGAGAGCUAGGCCGCGAGGAAGCGUUUCUCAAACAGGUCUAGCUCCUGCAAUCCCAAACAGGGAUAGAAGGGUAGGUUUACGUUUUUUAGAAUCUAGUGUAAAGUUAAGAAUUGCAAACUUAUAUAUUCGUUUUUUGUUUUAGGACUCUUUCUUGCCCGAUGAUGAUUUUAAUAUUGGCCAUUCGAUAGGAUCGUUAGGAUCCUUGGCCAACUUGAGUCAAUGGCCGACGUCUGCUGACAAUUCAGUUCAGAACACUGGCUCUCCGUUAAGCUUCAACGAAUCCCAAACUGCUACACGGCAGACUAAAAUACCGAUCGCCAUGGGAAUGAACGAGUUUAUUCAUUCGUGGUUCAAAAAUUCUGGGUCAGUUUAUAGUUGUUGCUUAUUUUUAACGUUAAUUAAUUUUUUUUCUUUAUUCAUUUUAUAUCAGUUAUUGCAAAUCUUUACCUAUGUCAACGUUGUGUAACGAUUCAAUGUUAACCUUAGUGGUUUAGGCCAACAGUCCGAGUGUUUGGAACAGUGAUGGUAUCGUUUCCCGGAUCGUUCCUGUCCCAAUUAGAAGACCCUACGGAUGCUCGAGAACCUCUCAAAUUCACCAUCAGAAAUGCUAAUCAGAUUAAAUCUGUCCAUCCUAACAAGAAACUGCUCCCUGACUGUAGCCUACCUCAAUUACCUAACGAUUCCUUAGCUCUCACCGUGGACAAGCCCGCUUUGUCAUCAUGGUUACAAGAACAGCGACAAGCAAAACCAAACGCCUCCUUCUACAAUGUUGAUGUAGGUGUUUACACAACUCUAAGUAUUAUUAAUUUAGUUAAUAAGAUACGAACUAGUGGACGGAUAUGAAGCGCCAUUAUUGGUACAUGCAUAUUGGAAGACUGAUGCUAAACAAACUGAUAUAAGGAUUGACUAUGAAUUAAAUCCUAGUGAGAAGACGCUUCAGAAUCCGCUGAUCAACAUCCAGUUCGAUACGAAUGUCACUGGUGAAAUCGACAGUUUACAAUCAGAUCCUGAAGCCAAGUUGUAAGACUUUUAAGGUUUAUUCUGGUACACAUUUAAAAUUAACUUAAUCACGACAAACUCCAGCUGAGUAAAAUAAUUAAUCAAGUUUUUGUUUCAGAAAUAAUGAAUACUUAACUUGGACAUUCACGGAGCUUUCUCGACACGGUGGAUCGUCAGGAUCGCUUAAGGCAAGGAUAAAGUUGAAAACAGGCCCAUCAACUCCUCGAAACACACAUAUCCAGUUCCAGGUAAGCAGAUAUGCAUCUACAAUUUUCGUAUUUACACAUUCCAUAUUAUUAUAUUGAUUAGCAAUUAGACCUUUACUAAUAUUGUAAUUGUAGACUUCGAACACGACCGCAUCAAACGCCCAAAUCAACCUAGACAGCGACUCUGGGUACCAGCUGAGUCUAGUCAGACGGAAGGUAGUGUCAGGCAAAUACUUCUGUGAACCCGAACUGAGAUGA